AUGGGAGGAAUAAACACGCAAAGCAGCGAUGAUAACAUCGCGCUUGCGCUUGUGAGCGGAUGCCCGUGGCCAGCAGAGUCCCGCGACUCUACAUCGUUGUUUGGGACCCGACUUGCGUUUGUGCCGUGGGGCUGGGAAGUCGCAGCCGACGGCUCGUUUACGGACAGUAUCACCAGCGCAACUUCUACGGACCAGGCUCUUAUCGCACCUCUUGAAGAGAACUUUGCUUUCAAGGCGUUUGGCGCAAGACUCUGUGUCCAGGAACUUGAUGCAUUCACGGAGACGUGGCUCACUCUUGCCACAGGAGACUCGCGAAGCGAGCUGACGGCGGCACUUGCCCGGCUGAGGAGCGCAGCACUCGCUUUGACGGCAUGUCAAGUAAUUGGUGACGAGGAGCAUCGCUCGAAACUUGAUACAGCCCUGGCGGCAAGCAGAGUCAUCGCCAAGUACUCAGACAGCCAGAGGCCGCCAGAGUACCAUGACUUGGACGAGAUCGAAAGUCUAUCAAAGUCCACGUGGCAUCUUCUACGGAUGGUCAAGGGCUUCUGUGUUCUGCUGCAGGGCUUCAACACCGUCGAUGUUUCCCCUGCGUCCUUCCCUGACUUCAUGCGAGGAUGGAAGUCGGAGAACCUGGACGUCCAGUCGAUGGCUGUUGAUCGCUACUAUUCUGGAAGCCGCAUUGGGGACCACAUCAACAGUCUCAAAGAGACUGCAUCUGUUAAGUCCAUGUCCGACGCAGCCUACAGACUGGCGAGAAACUACAUGUCGGCAGUGAACGGUGCCCAGCGGAAGCUCGAUGAGCUCAGCCUCCAAACACCUUGGUCAUGCAGUAUCGUGGCAGUGAAGUGGAAUAAGCCCCUUCCUCACGUCAGCAGACUGUCUUCCAUAUACCGUGGCAUGGAUCGCUACCGGAUCCUUGUCACAGCAUCGAGCCAAUUGGUGCCGUCGCAGAAUGGCAAGCCAGCUGAAAGUAUUGGGAGUGUCAAACAUAACGGGCCUCUCUUUUACUUCGCCUACGAAGAUCAGCUGUAUGGCAAUAAUGAAUAA